AUUCGUUAACAAGUUUGGAAGUUCAUCUUUAGAGUGUUAUGUAGAUGAAAAUGGAAAUAGUGGACUUCAUAUGGCUACUGCUAAUGGUCAUAUAGAGGUAGUGAAAUAUUUAUUAAGUCUUUUAACGGAUAAACAAUCACUUCUUCGACCCAAUAACCCACCAUCCAAGAACACACCAUUACAUUGGGCAGCUAUGAAUCAUCAUCUAGAAAUCCUUAAAUUAAUCUGUCCUCGAUUAACAUCACAAGAGAUUUCGAUCCUCAAUGGAAGAGGAUAUAGUGCAAUGAGUGAAGCAGUAGAAGGAGCAGGACCUAGUUCGAUCAUCAAUUCCAAUUCCAAUUCCGAUUCAACUGAACCUGAUCAUAUUCCAAUUCGAGAACAAUGUGUAAAUUAUUUAGUAGAGAUGAUGAAACUUGGAUCAGAAGAUGAUGAGGCUGAUAAAUCUGGUAGUACUGAAUCUGUUCCGGUUGAACACGUCGAGGAAGAGGUCCAAAAACUUAAUCUCACUGAUCGAGCUCCGGUAUGUCUACGGUGACAAGUAUCUCUUCUCGACUAUUAGCUUUCAUCAUUUUCAUACACCUUGGCUUAGGCUUAGCAUGUUUAACAUCCCAUCAACACAAAGAGGUCACCUAGAGAUUCGGAAGAUGUGAUAAAACAAUAUUGAUACUCAAAUUUCGAAGGUGUUUGGCAAGGUUAAGCGGAUUGUGUACGAG